CAGUUGGCUACACGCGCCGCCUGAAAUCACGGCGAAGGCGGCGGGUGAGCGGUGAACGGUGCGAGGCCGUCCAGCGCAGUGUUUUACCGCCGCUUCAGCUCCGUUAAUUCACUGUUUGGAUAGUUCCUCUCACUCCAUGGAUGCCGCCGUGUUGAAGCCCCGGAUAGCGGCGGACAGAGGCUGCGGCGCCGCCGUGAACGCGGAGAUAGAGGUGAAGAAGCUGCAGGAGCUCGUGAGGAAGCUCGAGCGGCAGAACGAGCAGCUGAGGACGCGCGCGCUCGCCAGCCCGCGGUCCCUGCCCCAGCCGCUGUCCCUGUUCUCGCCCUGCCCGGUUCCCGCGCUGUCCGUGCACACCGCCCUGUCCCCGUGCUGCGGGCCCGAGGAGCCCUUCCCGUAUUUCCAGCCGCACUCAGUCGCUGACACUGCGGAGGAGGCGGGGACCGAGGCGCCCGUGCCGCCGGAGCCCACGGUGCUGGAUGAGGUGGAGAUACUGGACCUGGAGUCCAUGUUUCAGUGUCACCAGCCUGAGUCUGAUGAGACCUGGUUGUAUACAUCCUCAAAGCCAUGCUUGUGGUCUAGUGGAGGUCAGUCCCCCCUGCAGUGGUGCAGGCAUGCGCUGGACCAUCUCCAGCCCGAAUCGGAGACAGUCAGACGGUCACUGUGUCAGAGACUUGACUCAGCGAGUAGAUGGAGGGGUGUAUUCUCCUCCUCCUCCUCCCCGUCCUCUCCUGCUUUCCCUCACAGCCGUGUAGUUGGAGUCUCCCCGAUCUGCACCUCCUCCACCGCCUCUAAAUCCUGCUGCACUCCAGCUCCUAGCUCCUAUGAGAGAACAGCCUCAUCUGUUCCCUCAUCCCUCCAUCCCUCUCUCCUUUCGACCCUGACCCCAUUCGGAAAGGACCGCUCUCCUCUAGCAGAGAGAACUCCCACUUUCCUCUAUCACCCAACCAGCCGCAGUCGUAGUCUGCGGCGCACUCCUUUCAGCCCCCAGUCGUCUCUGGACAGUGAGUUGAGUGCGUCAGAACUGGAGGAUGACUCCAUUGCUCUGGGAUACAAACUGGAGGACCUCACUGACGUGCAAGUGAUGGCUCGCCUUCAGGAGGAGAGUCUGCGUCAGGAUUAUGCCACAACUUCAGCUUCCUCUGCGAAAACAAGGCGCAGUUCCAGCUUCUCCUUUCAGUUCGGGCAGCGGGGCGAGUCCCAUUUAGAGAAGGACGAUGAUGAUGAUGAUGAAGAUGAUGAUGAAGAUUAUGGUCAGCUGCCUCCUCCACAGCCCCGUUUGACCCGGGCUGGACCCUUACAGCGUGGUCUUCCUCAUUCACACACCUUCACCAGCAUCAGGGACUGGCGACGGAGCACCCCCUCCACUCCCACAACCCCCCCAACCCUCCCCUACCAAACCCCAGCCAGCCUGAGCACCCUCACCUCCACACCCGAGCAGCCCAGCCUCCGGACCUGCCCAGUGGAUCAUGAGAAUAAAUUGCGGAGGAGCAUGCCCAACCUGGUGAGGGCUCCCAGCAUGCCGAGUGUACCAACUCCUGCCAAUCACACAGGUUCUCCAACAUCCAUCCGGAACAGCCAAAGCUUUGACUCAUCUAGUGGUCUUGCGAGACUACAGUCCUCCAUUCCUUCUCCAGGGCAGCUCCAGAACCGGGUCCAGAGUGUCGGAAACUUCCCAUUGUCUACACGCCAACCGCUCAAGGCCACUGCGUAUGUGAGCCCCACAAUUAAAGGGCCCUCCACCAUGACUACAUCCGCCAGUUUACAGUCCCUGCCAAGCAGCGGCAUUCCCCUGCCCAGCAAAGGAGGCGGCACUCAGACGCCCGGCCGCAGUGGCCUGCCACGCCCUGCUUCAUUUAUAGGGACCAGCUCCACUCCUCGGAGCAAGCUCACUCAACCUGUGAGAAGUAUGCUGAUGCCACCAAAGAGCCUGGCAACCCUCAGUGCCCUACGGGACGCAAACUGGCGCGAUGGCUGUUACUGAAGGGUGGAAGGUGUUGCGCAGGACAACGGAACAGACAGGGGAGACGAAGACGUGCCCUGCUGGAUGGGGCUGCACUGCAUCACUAAGUGUUCUUGGAGGGAAAGAAAAUAAUAAUGAACGUAUGAGAUAUUUAUAGGUGUGAAUGCAUAACAGGUUUAAUCCUGAAGAUUGACAGAUUCCCUCUGUUCCGCUUGUUUCUCAAGAUCUGUAUGCAAAAAAACUAAAUCCUGUUUUAUUUCUUUUUUUACUUUCUGACCUGCGGACGAUUGACCGUUCUAGAACUGAGACUUUUAUAUGAGUGUUUAACAUGACAGAAUACAGAGCUAACCACUGACAAUGUAUUUAAAAAAAUAAAACACGAGAGGUAGCGCACUGCCAAUAAAUAGACAUCAGUUCAUUUCUUUCGCCUUUUAAAAUAAUAACUUCUCUGUUGGUGUUUUUUUUUUCCAAAAGGAGAAACGCCAAACAUGCUGCUAAACAAAUCUGGCAAAAAAAAACUACUGCAAUAUAACUCCUCAUUUUUUGUAAUUGAUUUUAACCAAUGAUUUCAUUGUAUGCAGGAAUUAAAAAAGAAUAAUGAUGUUAGCUAGUUAGAGUACUGAUCUUUUUUAAAUUCACUUUAGAAAACAGGUCUACAGCAUAUUCAGACUGGAAGACAACAUUUUGAUUCUAUAUAAUAACUCGUUAUUGAAAAGACUGUAAAGGUGUUUUAAUUUAACUCAUGUUUUGUUAUAAUAAUAAUAAUUAUUAUUGUUUUCAUUGUUUGGUAUUGCACUGUUAUUGUGUUUUUUGUUUUUUGUUUUGUUUUUUAAUCACUGAAUAUGAGUCACUGGAUUAAGGGUUAACUUGGACAGCCACAGAUGUAGCACUGUACAAAUCUUCCUUCCUGUGUUCUUAAUGUAUAAAACACAUUUGAAAGUAUUCAUGUUUGCACAUUGCACUGGGUAAUGUAUCACAAUACUUUUUUGUUUAUUUCACUUUAUAAUGCUUUUAAAAAGUAUGUGUGUAAGACGAAAAUAAAGUUUUUUAUAUUAACUGUU